UUCCCACUUCGCUUUCUUGAGUGCUCGACGACAUGGCUCGACAUUUCAUGCUCACAUCCGUUGCCCUGUUGCUGAUCUUUUUCUCAAGUGGAGGAUCUGCAAAUCCUCCCAGUGUGCGCAAUGAACGCAUCGUGGGCGGAAAUGAACUGUCCAUUUACAACGCACCUUGGCAGGUGUCCAUACAGGUGAGCGCUCGCCAUGUGUGCGGCGGCGCUAUAUACAGCAAGGAUAUUAUUAUUACGGCCGCUCAUUGCGUGGACAGCACAUCCGUGACUCUAAUGAAGGUUCGUGUGGGCGCCAACCAUCACAACUCCGGAGGAAGUCUCAUUCCCGUCGCCUCCUACACAAUCCAUGAGCAGUAUAACCAAAAGUUGAAAUACUACGACAUUGCCCUGGUGCGUCUGGCCACGCAACUCACUUACAGUAUAUCCGUGAAAGCCAUUGGACUGGCGAGCGUAAGUCCCAAAGCUGGUUCCGAUGUCUCCGUCAGCGGCUGGGGCUUUACGGAGGAGAAUGGAGCCACUGGCUUUGCUAAUAGCCUCCAGGUGGUUCAACUGCAGAUCAUCGAGCGUAACGAGUGCGCCUCAGCGAAAUACGGCUACGGCUGGGACUUCGUGGGUGAGGAAAUGAUAUGUGCCGCAGCCGAUAAUAAAGAUUCCUGCACUGGCGACUCUGGCGGUCCAUUGGUGUCCGACCGUUUGCUGGCGGGCAUUGUCGCAUGGGGAUUCGGCUGUGCACGAGCCAAUUAUCCGGGCGUAUAUGUAGAUGUCGCCAUGCUCCGGACUUGGAUAAUUAAUUCAGCGAAUUCCUUAUGAAAAGCUGCACCUAAAUUAAUUAAAUAAUUUAA